AUGACCCGAUUCUUUAAACAGAAUCUCCUGCUCAUCUCCAACAAUUAUCUAUUUGAAAGCCUCUUUUUAUGUGUUAAAGUUGUGUAAGCCUUUGCCUAAAUUAUUGGUGAUUAUUCUGAUCAAAUUAAGAAUAGAUGUUAUUCUAAUCGUCGAGAUUCAUUUAAAACUACAGAAGGUGAAUGCGAUGAUGGUAAUUAGUUAUCAGGGGAUGCAUGCAAUCAAUAUUUUAAAUAGGAGAAAUAAAUCCUUUGUAAAGAUGGAAUAUAUAUUAUUAAUCAUGAAAGUAUAACACUGUAUUAUACGUGAAUAUCCUAUUCCAGUAUUAUUCAGCUAUGGAGAUUCUUCUUUAUUUCCAAGCAGCAACCUUCAAUCAUUUUGAUAUUUGUCAUAUUUAUUACAGAUAAUUACUUUCGGAAAAAGUUUAUCCUAUAACAAUAUAUCAAUCCUUAAAAAAAUAAAAAUAAAGUAUUAUUUAAAAGUAAAUAAAUGAUACGUUGUAAUAAUAAAAGAACAUUUAAAUUAGAAUAUAAUCCAAUUUUAGAUUUGUCUCAAGAUAAUAUUAUAGGGAUUAUAUAUAAAAAAAAUGAAUAUUAAUCCAAUAGAUAUUCCUUAUAUUAGAGAAAGAUAAUAUUCAUUUAAUAAUAGAUUCUAUUAUCAAGGCAACAUUAGUUUUUCAAGAUAAUUAUUUAAUAGACGUACAACAUAUAAAGAGCUUUUAAUUAAAUAUCUUAAUGUAGAAUAGAUUAUAUCAAAUAAGGUAUUUUAUGA